AAGAGGGAAGGUAGAGAGUGAGGAGGACGUGAAGAGGGAAGGUAGAGAGUGAGGAGGACGUGAAGAGGGAAGACUGAAGAGGAGAAUUUGAUUUCAGAGCAGCGCUCAAGGCCUCCCCUCAUGAAUAAACACAACAACAACAUUCAUGACUCUGACCAUCCAUCACCUAUGGCAAAAAAUACUACACCUUAAUCCUCAUAUUUCAUGGCUCGAAAACUACCCCACCCUUCGACUCUUUGUCGAAAAUCUCACUCUCACCGUCCUCACCUGCUCCUCUUCCUCCUUCCUAGUGCCAUCACCUCUCUCCUUCUCCUUCUCUUCCACCACCACUACCACCACCUCCCAUCCCUCCUUCGCCCUCUUUGGGACUCCCCUCCCCUCCCCUUCACACGCAUUCCCCACUUCUAUGCUGAAAAUACCUCACUCUCCCUUCUUUGCCGUCUCCACGGUUGGUCCCCACGCUCUUCUCCUCGCCGCAUAUUCGACGUCAUCCUAUUUAGCAAUGAGCUUGACCUCCUAGAGAUCCGUUAUCGCUCCCUCCUUCCCUUUGUCCAUCGAUUCCUCCUCCUUGAAUCCAACUCAACCUUCACAGGCCUCACCAAACCCCUCUUCUUCCUCCACAACACCCAUCGCUUUGAUUUUGCCAAAGACAAAAUCCUCUAUGCUCGAUUUACCCCUUUCACAAACCCCCAUUCCCCUCGCCCCCCUUUUAGAAUGGAAUCCAUCCUGCGCUCCGCUGUUAAUUCUCUCAUCCGUCAAUCAGGGGUCGUUGAUGGUGACAUUAUUAUUAUGGCAGAUGCUGAUGAGAUUCCGAGCCCUCAUACCGUGCAACUUCUUCAGUGGUGCGAUGGAAUCCCUCCAGUGCUUCACUUAGAGCUGAGGCAUUACAUGUAUUCAUUCGAGUUUCCAGUGGAUUUCAGCAGUUGGCGUGCAACGGCGAAUUUGUAUAGGCCUGGGAUUUUAUAUAGGCAUUCACGACGGAGUAAUGUGAUUUUGGCUGAUGCAGGAUGGCAUUGCAGCUUCUGCUUUAGGAGAAUUGAGGAUUUUGUGUUUAAGAUGGAGGCUUACAGCCAUGCUGAUAGGGUCCGGCAUAGGAGCUUCUUGGAUCAUGAAAGGAUACAAAGGAUUAUUUGUGAAGGAGGUGAUCUGUUUGAUAUGUUACCAGAGGAGUACAGCUUCAUGGAGCUAAUUCGGAAGAUGGGUCCAAUACCUAGAUCCGCAUCGGCGGUUCAUUUGCCGCCAUAUUUAAUUGAAAAUGCUAAUAGGUUUGGUUUUCUUCUGCCUGGAGGUUGUCUCCGAACACCAGAGUGAGAGUUGCAGAAUGGCAUAUGCAGGUGCAGAAACAACCCUCCCAGAGAAGAUCAACAGAACAUAGUUGAUGAUGGAGUGCAUAUUGAUAUACACAAAGGCUAAGAAGAAGACAAAGAAAAUGAAAAUUAUAAAGAUUUUUUUGAAGAACAACAUCAAAAUGACAAAAAAUAUUCACAAGUGCAUCCAGUAUGGACUUUGGGAUCAUCACCAUAGGAGCAGUUGCUAAAAUUCUCUCAGUGUAUGGUACUGCUUGAUUUGUUUAACAUGGAUUUAGAGCCAAAUUGCCCAAAAGCGAGGGAAUGGAAAUAAAUCAAAAAGAGGAUUGAGGUCUGUUAAGUGGAUGUAUUUUGUAAACUAUCUUUUCCACAUUGAUAAAGAGAAAGCUGAACUUUUUGAAUACUUACAGUGCCCGAAUCAAUGAUUUGUCUUUAUUAAAUAAGAAGAUGUUCUUGUUAGUUUUCAUAA